AUGGACCUAACGCUUUUGCCAGAGAAUGCCUUUAAAACGGUGCUCUCAUUUCUCGAGGCUAACGAUGUACGCAAUUUUCGAGCGAUUUCAAGUUGGGCAAAUGGGUGCUUUUUACGAUUUUCGAAGUACGUCGAGAAGCGGCCCACCAGCGAGCUUUGUUUGCGGAGAAAAGAUAAAAAAACGUUGAUUUUGAUUAUUUCAUUUGCUCACAUAACCACAUCAAAAUGGAAAUUGGAGUUUAUCGAUGAAGAAAAUCGAGAAGAAUUCAAUUGGAUUGAUAAGCUCGAAAAACCUGGGAAUAUAAAAGUGAGUCGUGAAAUUCGGGGGAAUCUCGCUGAGAAUUUGUCGCUUUUCCUUGAAAAACUCUUUCAAUUGACACAACUUCCUGGGAUGAUUGAAUUGAUUGAUCUUUUCCCAAAUGAAAUCACAAUUCUUGAACAUAUGAUCACGAAUUUUUGCGAUCGAAACAAACAACCGACUAGGAUCAGAAUGCAAAUCUCUCAACCAGCAACACAAGAAAUUGCUAAACUCUUUCGAAUUACUGAAGCAAAAACUUGCAGCUUUGAGAUUCAAAAUGCAAAUUGCUUUGAUGAUCAGCUUUUGAGUGUGAAAUUUUUCCGAAGUUUCAGUUCUUUUGCCAUCAAAUCGUUCAAAGAUUCUGAUACGAUUUUAAAUUUUGAUGAUAAUCUCUUAAAAGAACUGGAAAUGGAUCGACCGAAUUGGGGGAAAAGCCUCAAUUUGCAUAUUGAGAUGCCUACUAGAAUCUCUGCUUCAGCCGCUGAAAGCUUUAUUAAAAGAACGAUUACCGGGAAAAAUCAACGUCUUUGGGGCUCAUUCUGGCUUUGUUCGCCUUUUCCGGAGGAUGUUAAAGAAGAGAUUUUCUCGAAAGCUACUCAUCAACAGAACAAUAUAGCGAAUUUUGGCGAUAUUUGUACACUAAAAAUCACUGGAAAACGAAUCUCGAUCAGUAAGGGACACAUCGAUAUCUUA